UCAGCUCAGCUUUAUUCUACGUUAAAUUUUUAGCCCGUUUGUACUUACACUUGUAUGGAUCUUAUAUUCCUUAUUUAUACUUUAUUUGUCUUACAUUGAUCUUAUAUUAUUUACAUUUCUUUCUCUUCUUUUUCUCUCCUUAAACUUCGCCACCUGCUUUCUCUUUCCAUCCAUAGCUUCCUUAUAGUAUUCCCUUUUGCCGUAUCUAAUCGCUCCAUAUCUUAUUCGCAAGGCGUACAGAAUUAAAAAUGGCGCAUGUGGUCCAUCGCUGCACAACCGCAUCCAAUUAUUCCCCUAUUGGAUUAUUAAAGUAAGCCCACAUAUUCCCACAAUGCUGAUUGAUACUUGGAAAUUUCCGGUGUUUUCAGGUGCACUCGGGCUUUUCACCCGUUAAUCGAGAAUUCCAAGAUAACGUCGGAGCGCACGCGAGGAGAGAAACGCUAAGCGCAUAGAUAAGCCGACGAUUUUCUCGCGUUUUUCCUGCGGAUUCAAGCGCCGCCCCCUCCUGAUCGAGUCUCCCAAGAUAACGUUGGAGUGCGCGCGAGGAGGAGAACAAUUGCCGCAAAUAAAUCAGCUUAUUUGUCACGCUGGAUCGAGAGCAGCGGAUCGGAGAGUCGAGUCCUCGCGCGUAGGACGACGGCGGCGACGCAGUCGACUUAGCAGGCCGUGCCGUUUUCGGAUUGUUCCGACGGAACAAACGGCGACGUCGGGGAGACUCGUCAUGUCGCAUCACAUCGUUACCGUAUGCGUGGUGUGCGUGCUGUGCGCCGCGCACGUACCCUGCUCGGCGCACACGAAUCUGACGACACCGGACAACUCUGCAACGAACGGCAAAAGUCACGCGGGUCCAGACACGCGGGGACAACCGUUGUGGUCGCCGCCGCCGCCGUCGCCGCCGCCGAUAAGACCUAGAGAUGUGCAGUCGUACUCGAGGAACCAACAGAGAUACAAUCCGAGUAACUUGACUAGCAAUAAGCACGACGCUGUAAGAUCUCAUAUUGCGCGACACAUUGAUAGUAACAAUAAUAGUGUCUCGGUAACCGCUGAUGCGAUAUCGACCGCGCCACGUAAGAAGGAGAUGACGGAGAGCUUCAAGGGCGGUGGAAGCCUGCAGGACACGCGACCGUCAGUCGGGAGCGCGGAUGUGCCCUCGGUGAACUCGAGGGAUGCGGAGCUUCUGGAGCGUCUUUCUCAAACGGAGUUGCCAGGUGCCGAGCAACGGUCCACGCGAUCUGGCAAAGACUUGCGUACUGUUAAUAGGUCUAGAGUAAAAAGGGACGUGAACGAGAGGUACUUCAUGCAGAAGAUCUUCGAGGCCUACGGUGAUGGAACGAGUAUAACAAUGGAAGGUUUUGAGAAACUUAUACGAAAACUGGGUCUACUGAGAUUAUUGACGGACGAAUCGAAGGUGGAUGACACCGACAAGGCCGGUAGAAAUUUCCCAAAAGGCCUACUUAACGCGGAUAAUAACAAAGAAAGGUGCUUAAACAGCCUAGAGUUGCUGGGCACUGUGGCCCAAGACAUGCACUACGCAAACAGCACUAAUGCAACGACGUUGCCCAGUUGGCUUUUCGAACGCGUGUGUCCGGUUCUCGUGUACCAAUUAACGGCCGAAUCCAGCUCGGAGAGGAACGGCUGUAUACGAGUACCCGAGAAUUACAAGCCUGUCGUGCCAGUCGAUAAGUUUUAUACUACGGAGGAUUCGGCGCGCAAUAGCGUAAAAGUCUGGGUAUAUUCAAUAGUUAGUAUUUUCGUAAUUAGUCUUAGCGGGCUGCUCGGCGUAGUAGUAAUUCCGAUCAUGGGAAAGAAUUAUUACCAUCACGUGCUACAGUUUCUAGUUGCGCUGGCCGUAGGUACUUUAACCGGUGAUGCCUUUAUCCAUCUAUUACCACACGCGAUGAUGCCUCAGCAUGAACACGACGAACAUCAGGAACAUGGACAUCAUCACGACGAGAACGGGUCGUCGAUUGAUCAUAUGACUCUGCAUAGCAUGAACAUGUGGAAAGGACUAGUCGCUAUGAUGGGCUUCGUAACGUUCUUCUUCACUGAGAAAGCGUUAAAUGUGAUAUCCGAAUGGCGGAAGCACUGGCAGCAUAAGAAAAAGUUGCCUACGCGCGUGAGAGUGAUGAGGGAGAGUAAUGAUGGGCCAAACAGCCAUGUCGUUGGUGAAAAGCUGUGCAAACACAAAUACUCUUCGUACCCGUAUUGUUACGGCGAGAUCGCCAGCGAAACUCAAGAUAAUCAUCACAAACGCCGAGUGAACCAUCACGAGAGACCACCUAUCAUCGAGGAGGAGAAACCAUUAACAUCCAACUGCAAUUCCGUCACAAAGAUCGUGACCAACGACAUGGAGAAAAAGCCAAAGGACGAAUGGAGAAUGGACGAUCCAAUUGUGAACGCUAAGAAAAGUACCGACGGUGCCGAUGUGUCGCUAAACGAAUCAGAGAGCUACACUGUCAUCCUACGCGAACACGAGACCAAACAUCAUGGCCAUAGUCAUUCCCAUGGUCACGUACACUCCGCUCCUGAAUCGAUGUCCAAUGUGGCUUGGAUGGUCGUGAUGGGUGAUGGUUUGCACAAUUUUACGGACGGUAUGGCUAUCGGGGCGGCUUUUUCAGCGAACAUCGCAGGCGGAUUCUCCACGGCUAUCGCUGUCCUCUGCCACGAGUUACCUCACGAACUCGGUGACUUUGCGGUACUGCUAAAAGCUGGCAUGAGCAUCAAACAGGCUGUUUUUUACAAUUUAUUAUCUUCACUUCUCUGUCUGGCCGGCAUGAUAGGUGGAGUUUUGUUAGGAAAUACUCCCGAUGCCACCAGCUGGAUAUUCGCAGUUGCCGCUGGAAUAUUUAUAUAUAUAGCAUUAGUAGACAUGGUACCAGAAUUGUCGUCGAGUCAUUCCGCGGAGAGUGGUUCACGAUUACAGUGCAUUUGGCAAACUUUAGGUUUAUCUACAGGCCUCGGAAUUAUGCUACUUAUCGCCGCCUACGAGCACGAUCUUAAACAUAUUUUCGAUAAAUAGAUUUAUAAAUAACUGCUCUUGUAUUGAUGUUACAAAACAAAACCGCUUCCUAUUACGUUCCAAUUGUGGCAUCUUUUUUUCUAUUUAAUCUCGAUCCCUAACAGUCCUUUAGCACUUAUUAUUGCAGUGAGAACAAGUCUUUCUCUUUCUUUCUCUCUCCCUUCCCCCCCUCUCUCUCUCUCUCUCUAAAACAAUCAUUUUGUUUUGUAUAUUUGGGAAAAGAAAGAACGUAAUAGGAAGACUACACAAGUUAGAUCGCAAUUUAGACAAAGGGGACAAUAUCCGAACUAGGAUUGAUGGUAAAAAUACUUCAGAGGAGUGAAAAUGUUGAAUUCCGAAAAAAUAGGAUUUCUAUUAGACAGAGUAUCAAUAAUCGAAUUGUCAAACAAUCGAAUCACCGCCAUUAAUUAUUUCCAAACUAAUUGUAUGAAAGAUAUUUCUACAUUUUUUCUAAGAUUACUUGGAGAUACUCGUAUCGAGUGAACAAAAUUAAUUUUCUUUGUCAUAGUAAUGAAUGAUUUACCUAUGUAAAUAAUCGUCAACGACUGAAUGAUCUUGAAAAAAUUAGCAAAUUUUUCUUCACAGUAAUCGCAUGUCAACGACAUUAGUUAUUACAUUAAUUCACGUUCAUUACUAUUAAAUGUACGAUAUUGAUGGAGUAUCGUGUACAGUAUUGUUUCACGAAUGAAAGAUUAAUUUUGUAUUAAACUAUGUAGUCCACACACAGAUUGAUGAUGGCGGUUAAUAUUUCUAAUUAUCAACUGGCUGGAAUAAUGGUACAAGAGUAUAUCUAAGUAUUGUUAGUUUGCAGCAAAUUUGUGAUAAUUUUGCAAACAGUUACUUACGAAUCAAUGUACAUUUCAUUAUAGAUAUACAAUUGUAUUAUCACAAGAUUCUUAAUGUUGUAAUAUUUCUCGCAAUUUAAAUAGAUCAUGUAAGAAUGGGAGUUGGUAUUUUAACUCUUGUUAUAUUUUUUUUACAAGAGAGAAAAGUGGGCUACACGAUCUGAAAAACAGAUUUGCCCGACGAAUCAACAUGGCUUAGGUGAGAUAUCAUACAUGACAAUAUGUGAAACUUGUAUUUAUGUUUAUAACACACGAGUGUUUAUUUUCGCCAAAUAUUAAUAAUAACGAUAAUAUUAAUAAUUAUAAUGAUAACGAUAAUGAUAGUAAUAAUUUUAGGAUUUUAUAUACACCGUACUGUGAAAAUACUAAGAACUUUAAUUUUUCUCACGUUGCCACUUUUACUUCAUGAUCGUUGUGAUGCAUAUGCAUAUUGGUAUGCAUUUAAAUAUAGCGAGAAAUUGUAGCUAUGUAAGGAAAUUGUACGUUGCUAUGAUACAUUGACUUUUCAAAAAUUAUUGCUAUUCUGUCGAAAAUUCAAUUCCAUCCAUAUGUCAAUAUGUACAAGUUCCUCUUUUAAGUAUAUAUAAUUAGCAUUAAUAACAUAUGUGUGUUUCUAAUUGUGGCACUGAAAUUUUAUUUUUUUUUGCUCUCGCUAAAUUCCAAACUAUUUCACUUUAAGUACAGGGAAUGUACGCUAAUUUCGCUCUAAAAGAACAUUUUGUACAACUAAUAAUGCAUACGUGCAAUUUUAGUUAUUUUUAUAGAAAAUGUAAAGAGCGUUAUGUUCUUGUAAAAUUAAUUUUGUUCACGCUCAACUGAUUUAAACUACUGAAAUACAAA